CCAGCAGGUGGCGUUGUUGAUCAUUAAAAACUUCCGCAAUGGCGAUCUGUACACCAGGCAGUCAGUCGGAGGAGAAAGAAACAAGCAGAAAGCCAAAAGACACAAAAUUUAAACAACAGAAGUUACCAGCAUGGCAGCCAAUCUUGACAGCUGGUACAGUCCUGCCUGCUUUCUUUGCCAUUGGGAUUGCAUUCAUUCCCUUAGGAAUAGCCCUCCUGGUUACUUCAAAUGGAGUUAUGGAAAAGGUGAUGGACUACACCUUCUGUUAUGACAAAUCUGACAAUACUACAACCUGUGCAUCCAGACUGGAAUCUCUGGGAACCAAUGUGUCAGGAUAUGUGUGUUACUGUGAUGUCACAUUCACACUGGAGGAAGAUUUCCCAAAAGAUGUAUACAUGUACUAUGGUUUGUCCAACUAUUACCAAAACCACAGACGUUAUGUGAGAUCUCGUGAUGACAACCAAAUACACGGGGACGCGGUAACAGCCAGUUCUCUGAACUCGGACUGUGAACCUUAUAGAACUAAGUCUAUCAGCUCCAGUGAAACAAAACCCAUAGCACCCUGUGGGGCUAUUGCUAACAGUCUAUUUAAUGACUCCAUCAGCAUAGAGUUCAAUGGUAAUGAGAAUAUCAGUCUUAUAGCAACAGGAAUUGCUUGGUUCUCAGAUAAACAGGACAAAUUUAACAACCCUGCAAGCUGGGAAGGGUUUACUAAUCCACCAAACUGGAAUGAUAAGAAUGUUUACAACUUGAGCUCUGAACCAAACAACAAUGGCUACAUCAAUGAGGAUCUCAUUGUGUGGAUGAGGACAGCUGCUCUUCCUAACUUCCGCAAACUCUACCGAAAAAUCAACCACGAUGGCACAUUUAAAACUGGUCUACCGAAAGGAAACUACAAACUUCAAAUAGCAUAUGCUUAUCCCGUGUCCUCCUUUGAUGGGAAGAAAUCCAUCAUUUUAACCAACACCUCAUGGCUUGGAGGGAAGAACCCCUUUCUUGGAAUAGCCUACAUUGUGACCGGAUGUUUGUGUGUGCUCCUGGGUGUCAUUUUCCUCAUUAUUCACAUUAAGUAUGGUAAAAAUGUAGCCCUUCCUGUUGACAGUUUUGACACUGAGGCAAGUCCUUAUAACUGCUAGUUAUCUGUGUAUAAAGAGCUUCUGACAUGAUCAAUGUGACUGCCAAAACUCCAUUCUGAGAGUCAGGGAAAGUGAAAGUAAAGACUUGACCAUAAACAAAGCAGGAGAAAUCUUCUUUUAUUAUAUCAUGAAGGAACCCUGCUGAAAUCUAAGAAGUGAUAUAACUGACUGAGAAUAGAACAAUUGAACAUUUUCAGGGACUAUGAAUGUUAAACAUUUUUAUUCUUUGAUCAUAGAAGUGCUGAUUUGAAAAUGCUAAGUGUAUAUCAGGUUGCAAGAUACUUUUCCUUAUGUGUGAAGGUAUAAUUAAAAAUAAUAAGUACAUGUACAUGUAUUUGAAAUAGUGGAUGUAUUUAUUGUGUCUAUGUGUAAUUUACUAAAAUCAUGCUAUUGUGUAAAUUAUUAUUGCAUAUAUUGAAACCAAAUGUUUAAAGCAAGAGUUCAUUAACAGUCAAACUUUGUUAUCUCAAACUCAAUGGGACCAAGGAAAAAAAUUGAAUUCAAGAUAUUGUUGGGGGGUGGGGGGUAAAAUACUUGUAAAGAAUAAGUGGUUGGGACUUAUAAAUAUAUUCAGCAUAUUCAUGGUUUUCAAGAUAUUGGUUGUUGAGAUACCCAAGUUAAACUGUAUAUGUAUUAUGUCACAGUAUGAGGCAAUCUAAGAACAUUUCCAACUGUAUGAAUUUCUGUUUUCAUGUUCAUUGUCUUAUUACAUUUAUGAAUGCAUCAUUCUGCUCUUAUUUCUCAUUUAUGUAAAAUGUCUAACUCUUUUUUUCUAGUCAUAUAUUUGUAUACAUUUUUUUCUUUCUUUUAUCGUCUAUUAUCUACCAAGUAAUACUUGUAGUACACUGUUGAACUAAGAAUUUUAUUACUCAAUUUCGUGUUUGAUCAUUAAUGCAUGUAACACUUAACAACCUUUGGUAAUUGGCUCAUUCAUAUUACCAGUAACAGUUUAUUCAAAUAGAUAUUAAAGAAAAGUGAGCUAUAGGGUUUUAAAAUAUGAUGCAGGUCCAGGAAAAAAAAUUCAGUUACUAUAAAUAGAAGCAAUGUAAAAUUUGCAACACUCUCAUAAAGCCUAAAGCUUUUCUUAGAAAUUUUCUAGAAAUAUUAUUUGUGUUCAGAAUGUUUUUUUUAUGACUGAAAUCCAUUGUCUGUGCAUGGUGUUAUUUUGAGGAAGAAAUUCCUGGCUUUAAAGAAGCAUUUGUAUGCCAUUGAAUUUCUGAUGUUUAUUUGUAGUUGUAAGUAUGAGCUAGGCUCUAGUAUACCAGCAAAAAGCUUAAUUUUUUUUAUAUGUUUUCAAAUGUAAGCAUUCCAUGAUUGUUAAGAUAAAUUUUGUUCUAAUGAUUCUACACUCUACAAUAAGGUAUUGUAAAAAAAAUUAUGCCCUUGUAAUUGAAGAUUCAGGGGUAUAAAGUUUUUGUUGUGUCAAUCUUUCUGUCUUUCUAUCUGCAGAAACUUUAACCUUCCCCAUAACUUUUCAUUAAGAGGAGCUAUGAAUAUCAAUUCCUUGUGACAAGACCUUUCUUUGAGUUCCACCAAAUUUGACCAUUUGAUCUUGACCUUGGAGUUUGACACACUUUACUUUUACACAAAAAUUCCAAACUGUAACUUUGGUCAUAACUUUUGAACAGUAGAUACAAGGACUUUUAUACUCUGUAUAUGUAUUCUUUGUGAUAAGCCCUUCCAUUGGAUACAAACAACUUUGACCUUGGGGAUUAACAUACUUUUAAAACAGAUUAACCUUGGCCAUAACUUUUGAACAGUAAAUACAAGGACUUUCAUACUUCAUAUGUAUUGUUUGUGAUAAGACCUUCCAUUGGAUACCAACAAUUUUGACCCUUUGACCUUGGAGUUGACCUACUUUUAAAAAACAAACCUUGACUAUAACAUUUGAAGGGUAAGGACUAGGGCUUUAAUACUUCACAUAUGUAAUCCAUGUGAUAAGACCUUUCAUUGGAUACCAACAACCUUGACCCUUUGACCUUGGAGUUUGACCUACUUUUUAAAAACUUUAAUCUUGGCCAUAACUUUUGAAGGGUUAGGACUAAGGCUUUCAUACUUCAAAUAUGUAACCCUUAUAACAAGACCUUUCUUUAAAAACCAACAACUUGACCAUGGAGUUUGACCUACCUUGUACAAAAACUUAUUAUUGACCAUAACUUUUGAACAGGUGUUGCUAGGGGCUUUCAUAAUUCACAAUUGUAUUUUUUUUUUUAAGAAGACCUUACUUUGGGUACCAACAUAUUGAAUUUGCAUUUAAGAAAAGUUUAAUCUUCAUUAUAUUGCCAUACAGGGGCAUCAGUCUUUCACAAACACAUCUUUUUUUUAAAAUUUAUUUUAUUUUUUUUUUUAAUACUAGAAUUUGGAAUAACUUACCUUGAAAUGGUCCAAGACCCACAGGUCAGUUUGCUGUUCAGUGUAACAUCUGGCAUGUAUAUUUAGAGUUAAUAAAAAAAAGAAAAGAAAUGGAAAUAUAGUUGACACAUUUGUACAAUGAUUGAGAUUCAGAGUUACAUGUAUGGUACGUUUGGAUCGUAAUUAUUUACAUAAUUUGUUACAAGUGCAAUGUUAAAAACCUGUUUGUAUUAUAAUUGUGAUUCUUUUAAUUGAUGUUGAUGUGAUAGAUAGAAUAUUGUGAUUUUUAAAAAUUAAAUUAUAAUUAAUUUAA